ACAAGAUCAGUCACGUCAGGAGGCAGCUUUAAGAGAACAAUACUCGAGCAAACAGUCAGAGCUGUCAGCCUCAGCGGGACAAACUUUACCUUCAGCUGUAACAAAGAGGACUCUCCGAAGUCUCAAACUUGGCUUUCUUGCCUCUCUAUCAUCAUGUUCCCAGAUGAAGAGCUGGAGUGCGUGAUUUGCUGCUAUGAGUACUCCCGCAUCAACCGGAUCCCUCGGGUCCUUCACUGUGGCCAUACCUUCUGCGCUCCCUGCCUGGAGAAACUGUCCAGGAUAGACGGUUACCUCCACAGCGUCUCCUGCCCUCUGUGCCGCUGGAUCACCUGUACCCAGGCUAGCCUGCCCCUGCCCGGGGCACUGUGGGUCAACACCGAUAUCUGGGACCAGAUAGCAGAGAAGCCUCAGAGGAUGGAAGAUUCAUCGGAGGACUUAGUAAACACCGAGACCCAAUUCGUUAACAAAACACUCCCACGCUGCAGACAGUCAGGUUUCAUGUCCUUAUUCCAAAAAAUGUUCAGCUGUGUGCCACUACAUGGAUGAGAGCGAGACAGCUGCUGAUGGUUUACCUGCACAGAGCCUCAUCUUUUUUUUUUAUCUCACUGUAACUGAACGUCUGCAAGACUCCUGCGGUUUACUUGGUCACAGCUGUGUUUAACAGGCACAUAUCCCAGGGGGCAUUCCUACAAGAAACAAAGGCCUGAAAGCCUUGUGUGAAGUUUUGUAAGUGUUUCAAUAUUUUUUGUGUUUUGGGCUAACAAGUGUUUCUACUGACCUGAGGGUUUCAUCUGUGAAUAUUUUUUGUAAAUUAUUUUAACAUACUUUAAUGUUGUGCUUUGGCAUCAAGAACUGUAAAUGAUCACUUUAGUCGAUUCAAAAAUUGCAACACUACACCUAAAGUUUGUUUCAUCUUUCUAGUGU